UGGGGUCUGGCAUUCUGCACGCUGAACAACAGUGAAACGAGAAGAAAGAAAUGGUGGCGUUACUUUAAUUUUGUUAGAAACUUCUAGUUUUUUAAUAUUUAAAAAUUUAAGCAACUUUCAUUUCUUGAUACGUUCACAAAUAAUAAUUCUGUGCCACUUUCUCGCUAACCUUCGUUGUCUCGAAAAAGUGCGUGGAAAUACACCUCACAGACAUUAUAACCUAACAAUUGUUCAGCGUUUGUGUUUAAUCUUGAAUCGUAAGAAUGGCAAUGAACGAAGAUUUCAGUUUCACUGAAUUGUGUAGAUUAUGUUCAUUGAAGAGCAAUCACCAGCUUCAAAUUUUCGACAAGGAAGGCGAACAGAGACAAUUACUUUUUAAAAUACGUUCCUGCAUUCCUGCUGUAAUAACGAAAGAGGACGCAUUGCCCAAAAAUAUUUGUCAAAGAUGUGUAUACAAAUUGGAUAUGUUUUACGAGUUUCGGGUGAGCUGCAUGACGACCGAUACAGUGUUAAAAAAUUACGCGGACAGUUUGAAGCACCUCGCUGCAUCGGUAAACCAGGGCGCUGAUAAGGACAAGAUGUCUAAUGGUAGCCAGCAACAACAGCGAUCGGCGUAUGUGGAAGCGCAUGCUGUGGCUCAUGCUGCAGUGCAGCAACACAUGGCACAACAAGCUGCCCAAGCGAGGCUUGCUGGCCCUGGUCCACCUGCGACACCUCAGACACCUAAUCCAACCUUUACCUUACCCGACGAUGGUUUGGGUUAUGACGACGGUGUACGCGUACUCCGUUCUAUCGGAACAUGGUCUCCAGAUUACUCAGCAGCAAUGCGUCCUGGUGGUGUAAUGCCUCCGUUUCCUGGUACAAUGGAUCAGCAGUUUGGGAGUAGGGCCCCUACAGUAAAUCAGCCAUUAAGAACUACAAACAAUGUAACAUCUCGUCCGGGAUUUGCAUCAAAGGCCACAAAUACAGGUGAACCGGCGACAAAGGCUUUCGCCUGUACCGUUUGUGGCAAAGGUCUUGCUCGUAAAGACAAACUCGUUAUUCACAUGCGUAUUCAUACAGGGGAGAAGCCGUAUUCCUGCGAAGUUUGUGGUAAAGCAUUUGCCCGCAGAGAUAAACUAGUUAUUCACAUGAACAAGUUGAGACACAGACCGGGAGUGGCGCCACUUUCUACACCUACAGCUCCGAAUUCGGAUCAACAGCAGCAACAACAGCAGCAACAGCAACAAGCUCAGCAACAACAGCAACAGGCACAACAACCGCAGCAGCAACAACAAUCUCGGCAGGAUACUAUACACAAGUUGAAAGAAGAACCAGUUAGUUGGGCGUGUGAAUUAUGCGGUCGAGCAUUAGCCACAAGAGAGGAGUGGAUGCAGCAUGCUCGUUCUCACUUGGAAGCAUCGGCUCCGCCACAACAUGCAGCACCGUAUUUCCCGGGAUCUACAGCUCCUCCGCAGGCGUACGCAUCUGAGAGGCAUUUCUGUCUUAUGUGCCGUACAGAUUUUACAGAUAAGGCUGAAUUUAUGUUCCACGUACGUUCCCAUUUCGAACCUCACGCGCAGCAAACGCCAUCUCAGCAUUCGAGUGGUAAACAAGGAAGCGAUCCUGCAACGGCCGAAUUGAUCGCGCGUGGACUGGUCGAUCCUUCAGGAUUAUGCAGCUAGAAUUAUCCUUCCUGUCAUUAUGCGCCAUCAAUUCGUGUCUUACCAUAGUACAAGUUCUCUACUCCAUUUUGACCAGAACUUCUACCUAGAAUGUCAUGCGUAUUGUGAUUGUAAUGAAUAUGUACUGAUUUAUAUCGAGAGAUACACAGUAGUAUAUUUCUCUAUAAAUAUUAACAGAUACACACAGUUUAUCGCUUGUUUCACGCUGCAAAGAAAACUAAAUACAGCUUUUAAAAAUUGUUGAACGAAUUCUUUGAAUAUCGCAUAAUUCGUUCGUCCGAUAGUUGAUUACAAGUUAAUAAACAUAAAGUGCAUUGCUUUCAGGAAAUAACAGAGAACAAUAUUUUUUGCAUUGCACAUAUCACUGCAAUUAAAGAUCUUGAAUUAACAUAGGAGUACUACUGUGUAUCCCGAAUAUUAUAUAUAAUAAAUUGGGACAUACGUUAUAUUCGUCAGGUAUUUAGGUAUUGACGCGAUACUGAUUUAUAUGGUAAGAGAUUAUACUAUUGCGCCAAUAUUUAAGUAUGAUUACUUAAUAGUAUACGUUCCUACAUAGCUAGCUUCCCGCUAUCUUUAGCCAUUAGCAGUAUCUGCCAUGUAAUGUACAGGUUUGUUCUCAAUGCUAUUAUAGUUCUUUUUACACAUUUUACGAUCAACGACUUGUUUUAUAUGUUUCACAAUAUGGAGAUUUUAUUGUUUCGAAGUAAUUCUUUUUCUAAUUAUAUGUUUCGGCGCUUCAAACCGUGACGUAUGUUAUGUUACGUAUGUUAUGUUACGUAUUAGUUUUGAUUAAGAAAUUCCUUUUAAAUAGAAAGUUUUUGUCUAGUUUAAAGAUCAUUUAUUCGACUAUCUGUUAAGAUUAUUCUAAUUAUAUGAUUAUUUUUAUUCUUUUUUAAAUGAAACUCAAUGAUCUUCCAAAGGCGAUAUAUUAUUAGCCACAUUAUCGAUUUAUAAUACCAAACGUGUAGUUUUUAUUGUUGUGUAGCGUAAGUGUUGACACACAAAAAUACCGAAUACGACAAAACAUCCGCAGAUGUUUAUAUUUUAUAAUCUAUUCUAGAUCAAGAUUUUUUUUACUGUUUGCUUAAAAACUUGUUUAUUGUUACGAUUAUCCUUGGUACCUGAAGUAUGAAUAUGUACUUAACCAGGGAAGGGUUUACAUUACAUAUAUGACAGAUUUCUGCUUUAUUACAGUUAAUGAGAACAUGAAAGAACAAAAGUGUACUUAUAAGUACGUGUACUUAUAAGCUUGAGUAUCCAAUGCCUUUUAAUCUUUUAACAUUCUUUUAUUGCGUUUUAUCGAUUUCCAAUUCAAUUUUAAUCAAACCUCGUAUGCACUUUUUUUAUUAUUCAAUGUAAAAAUUAGCAACAAUAUCGUUUCACAAUAUUAGUUCGUCGAGUGCCCGCGAGAGACAUGCAUUGUGAACAAACUGUCUCCUCCAAUAACUUCAUAGGAUUCGCUUCUACAGCGCUUUCUUCCUCUCGUCUUUAGAAUAGAACAUUAUAUAGUCAGCGCGAGAACAUAAUGUUGCUAAAACUGCCGUGCCUCCUGCCUCACGUACGACUCAUUUCCGGCUUAUUUUCGAUCCAAAUUACUUCCAGGAUAACGGUGCCUAAAAUGGUAUACUUCAAAAAGAAAGAAAAAGAAAAAAAGCUAUACCUACCGUUAGGUAUAUAUUUUGUAUAAUUCUAACUAGUGCAAUAUAGUGUUAAUCGUAUCGACAAUAGUUGCGAUUGUUACGAAGAAAAUGAAGGACAAAGACGAAAAAUGAAGACAAAAUAUGAAUGAAAAGACAGAAAAGGAGGUUUUGCGAGUAAUUUUGAUAGAAAGCGUUCGCUGACAUUCGCGCGAUAAAUAUGCAUAAACAAUAAUCGUUUAUAGCGGCUUAAUUAGUAACGAUGUAAAGGAAAUGGAGAAAAAUAAGACAAAAAUGCCGGCCUUUCUUCUAAUGCAGUUAACGAGAAACAUCUUUUACAUAGUUUGUAUGAAUUUAGAAUAGUUGGAACGAUGAGCAAGAAAGUUACUCGCUCUAUGGUUUACUCUUAACUGGCACGCAAGCGCUGAUUUUUAUCGUCGUUGAAAAUUUGAUACAAAGACGAACGAUUCGUGUAAGCGGAUUUCCACUUUUCCCAUGUCCGUCUAUUGUGUCUGAUGUUACAAUGAAUCAGUGAUAAAAAAUCGAAGAAUUAAAAGAAGGUGAUUAAAGGGAUUAAAAGGAGCGAUUAAACGGAGUGUAACAACGACUGAUAUGAAGGUGCAAAUAUGAAAACUAAUUUACGGUCUUGAUUUUUACGAACGAAGAGUACCAGGAAUCAGCAUGACGUAGUUCGAAAAAUUAUGCCUGCCAUUUGCACGCCGUCGAUGAAAAUGUAAAUUUGUAGAGAUUGCAAUAAUAUGUCUAUCGAGGAUCUAACGCAAUUCAGCGUUCCUUCUAAAGUUUUUCUUUUUCUUGUUUCGAGGAGAAUUGCAAAAAGAAACGUUUAUGCGAUGUAAAGCGUAAUGAUUUAUAAUCGUGGUACUUUGUACGAUCGAGAGUGGGAUAUUAUAUUUAAUAGACGUAUAGUGCCUUUUCUCUGGGAUUUAUCCGAUUUUGUUUUGAUUAUUUGAAAUUGAAACGUGUUAAGGAGGCACACUGGCAUAUGAAUUUUUAAAUAAGUAUAAGUUUAAUAUAGAUAAGAUGAGAGUUGUUCUUCUCGUUCUUUUAUAUUUUUUUUUUUUUUAAUUUCCUCUUUUAUUACUAUUAUUUUCUAUCUCUUUAUGUUGUGAGGAGUGAAUGAUUGAUGCCACUGCCUCUAGCAGCUGUUUCUAGAUUACUUUUAUACUGUUGAUGUCACGCGCAGCUAAUCAGAGUCAGUAUAUUACUGCCAUAAUCAUGAAACAAAAUGUAUAACCAAUAUACCUUUAUAAAUAAAAGACAACUAAAAAAGUAAAA